AUGUCGUUUUUGAGGAGACUUUUUGGAAGAAAGAACCAGGAACAUGGCGCUACGAGCACGCACUCCGUUUCGUGGAGGGAUGCAGAUGAUUUAGACUCGGAAUACGUGUUCGUGACAGGCGGCGAAAUGCUGGACUCGCAAGCGGUGCUCGAAACACGAUCCGAGUUUUCGGAGGAUCCGUCCGAGGUUGACGUCACAGCGUGGGAAAUGGCACGCGCGUGGACGCACCGCGGAAGUGCAGGCGACCUGCGCCCCGCGCGGGGCUCCAAGGCCGCGCGCCUGGCGCACAGGCUGGAUGACAUUCGCAAGCUGCCCACCGUGUCCUUUGGCACGAGCGCGUCCUUGCCACUCGGUCACCAGGGCAACCGUGCAUCGCAGCCCGCAUGGGUCGUAGAGUACCACGACGAGUCAAUGGACGAGGAAGCCGAGUGUCUUUUCGAUGACAAGUGGAACCGCAAGACCAAGGUCGAGUCUCGGAGGGACCGCUCCCAAAAGUGCGGCGUGUGA